AAGCUGUGGAGUUUGGGUGGCAUUGCUCUUCAGCCCGUCCUUCUCCGUCCAUCUGUUCGUAGUGAGACUGCUGAGGAAAAUGGGACAUAAGGUGAAUUGAUCCUGGCGACAGUGCUGCCGUACAACUCUUGUUUUUAUGUAGUCUUCAUGAGUGGUGAUGGAGGGGGUGGUACUGGGCCCUCUCCUAUAUUAGGAGAAAUCAGGAUAACAAAGGAUCACUGGGCACCUCUACAAAAAGUGAUCCAGAUUGCUUUUGCACUAACCUGAAGACAUAUGGAGGCAUAAGGACAGGAACCAUUCUGUUUAUUUCUAUGCUUUGGACCUUCCAUGUAUAUUGGUUUUUGAACUCAUGUUCAUCAUUCAUAUGAGAAACCCAGUGAUAAAAUUCUCGAGACUACAAUGAAACAUAUAAGAAGCACUUACGUAUUUUGUAGUAUUGUCAUGUCAGUGUAUGGCUGGGCUUCAAAGCUUCCAGAAGAAAGGGAAUUGACUACCAAUUGCUCUAACAUGUCUCUAAGAAAGGUUCCUGCAGACUUGCCCCCAACCACAACCACACUUGAUUUAUCCUACAACCUCCUUUUUCAACUCCAGAGUUCAGAUUUUCAUUCUGUCUCUAAACUGAAAGUUUUGAUUCUGUGCCAUAACAGAAUCCAAGAGCUGGACAUCAAGACCUUUGAAUUUAACAAGGAGUUAAAAUAUUUAGAUUUGUCUUACAACAGACUGAAGACUAUGACUUGGUAUUCACUGGCAGGUCUCAGACAUUUAGAUCUGUCUUUCAAUGACUUCGACACCAUGCCCACCUGUGAGGAGAUUGGCAACAUGUCUCACCUGGAAAGCCUAGGUUUGAGUGGGGCAAAAAUAAAAAAAUCAGAUUUCCAGAAAAUUGCUUAUUUGCAUCUAAAUGCUGUUUUUUUAGGAUUGAGAACUCUUUCUUAUUAUGAAGAAGGCAGCCUGCCCAUCUUAAAUACAACAAAACUUCACAUAGUUUUACCAAUGGACACAAAUUUCUGGGUUCUUCUGCGUGAUGGAAUCAAGACUUCGAAAAUAUUAGAAAUGACAAAUAUAGAUGGCAAAAGCCGAUUUGCAAAUUAUGAAACUGAAAAAAAUCUUAUUUUAGAGAAUUCCAAGACAUCUAUUCUGUUACUUAAUAAAGUUGAUUUACUUUGGGAUGAUCUUCUCCUUAUCUUCCAAUUUGUUUGGCAUACAUCAGUAGAAUAUUUCCAAAUUCAACAUGUGACUUUUGGAGGUACGGUUUAUCUUGACCACAAUUCAUUUGACUACUCAAAUACCGUAAUGAGAACUAUAAAAUUGGAGCAUGUAUAUUUUAGAAUUUUUAAUAUUCCACAGGAGAGUGUCUACUUAUUUUUUACCAAAAUGGAUAUAGAAAACCUGACAAUAUCAGAUGCACAAAUGCCACACAUGCUAUUCCCUGUUUAUCCUACAGGAUUCCAAUAUUUAAAUUUUGCUAAUAAUAUCUUAACAGAUGAAAUAUUUAAAAAACCUAUCCAAUUGCCUCAUUUGAACAUUCUCAUUUUGAAGGGUAAUAAAUUGGAGACACUUUCUUUAGUGAGUUGUUUUGCUAACAACACAUCCUUGCAGCUUUUAGAUUUAAGCCAAAAUCUGUUACAACAUGAAAAUGAUGAAAAUUGCUUUUGGCCAGAAACCUUGAUCACCAUGAACCUGUCAUCCAAUAAAUUUGCUGAUUCUGUUUUCAAGUGUUUGCCCACAAGUAUUCAAAUACUUGACCUGAAUAAUAACAAAAUUCAAACUGUCCCUAAAGAGAUUAUUCAUCUGAAGUCUUUGCAAGAGCUAAAUCUUGCAUUUAAUUUUCUAACUGAUCUUCCUGGGUGCGGUCAUUUCAAAAAACUCUCAGUUCUAAACAUUGAAAUGAACUUAAUUGUUAGCCCAUCUCUGGAUUUUUUUCAGAGCUGUAAGGAAAUUAAGACUCUAAAUGCAGGAAGAAAUCCAUUCUGGUGUACUUGUGAAUUAAGAAAUUUCAUUCAGCUUGAAAAAUAUUCAAAGGGCAUGUUGGUUGGAUGGUCAGAUUCAUACAUCUGUGAAUACCCUUCGAAUCUAAAGGGGACUCAGUUAAAGGAUGUUUACCUUCCUGAAUUAACCUGCAACACCACUCUGUUGAUUGUCACUAUUGUAGUUAUCAUGCUAGUUCUGGGGAUGGCCAUGGUCUUCUGCUGCCGCCACUUUGAUCUGUCCUGGUAUCUCAGGAUGCUAGGUCAAUGGAUACAGACAUGGCGCAGGGUAAGGAAGACAACCCAACAACUCAAAAGAAAUGUCCAACUCCCUUUGUUUAUUUCAUAUAGUGAACAUGAUUCUGCCUGGGUGAAAUACGAAUUGAUCCCCAAUCUAGAAAAAGAAGAUGGUUCUGACUUAAUUUGCCUUCAUGAGGGAAACUUUGACCCUGGUAAGACAGUUACUGAAAAUAUCCUAAACUACAUUGAGAAAAGUUAUAAGUCUAUCUUUGUUUUAUCUCCCAACUUUGUCCAGAGUGAGUGGUGCCAUUAUGAAUUCUACUUUGCCCAUCACAGUCUCUUCCAUGAAACUUCUCAGUAUGCAAUUCUUAUCUUACUGGAACCCAUUCCACUCUACUGCAUUCCGACCAGGUAUCCAAAGCUGAAAGAUCUCAUGGAAAAGAAAGCAUACUUGGAAUGGCCCAAGGAUAGGCGUAAAUGUAGACUUUUUUGGGCAAAUCUUCGAGCUGCUAUUAAUGUUAAUUUAUUAGAAACCAGAGACAUGUGUGAACUAGAGACAUUCACAGAGUUGAAUGAAGAGUCUCAAGGUUCUGAAAUCUCUCUAAGAACAGACUGCCUAUAAAAACCCACCCUUUCUUAGGGAAAUUGGGGCCUGCAUACACUGUUGGGAUAUAAGUUGAUACAACUUUUACGAUGGCAAUUUGGCAAUAUUUAUUAAAAUAACAAAUGAUUGUUCUCCCUUAGGUCAAUUUCUUAAAGGUUUUCUAAGAAUGUAUCCUACAGAACACAGGUUUGCAAAGGUUUAUGUAAAAAGAAAUUUGUCCCAGUAUUGUUUAUAAUCAUA